AUUUUCUCACUCACACUGAAACUAAAAUACUAAAAUACACAGUCAUCUAUCCACUUUCGCAAAACGCAAGAACAACCUUAUUGGAAAUGUCCUUCAACUCCAACUAUAGCUUCAACAAGAGCCUCAUUUCGAUUCCUCAGAAAUUCUAGUAGCUUCACUUUUCUCUAUAUAACACUACUUUUCCUGCUCUGAGAGUAGAGCGAGAGCCACUCACUUAUUACAACGAAAGUAUCCAUGGCUUAUUGCGUCGACUGCCAAAGCCUCUCUUCAAACUCCCUUCUCUCACAAUCGGCUUCGUUUUUCUCUCUUUCCAAACCCCACUUGUCGAAACAAAACAAUUCCAGGUUGUUCUUUCGCUUCAACAAGCUUUGUGGUGCGAGAAGCUCUGCCUCUUUAAGCCUUUGGCAUAGCAACUAUCGCCUCCGGCUCAACUCGGUUCGGAACCAACAUGCAGUGUCCGAAAUCGAUGUUUCGGAGAAAGUAUCGCCGAAAGGAGCGCCGAAAUUGGGGAAAAGGACUGACUUGAAGAAGAUUCUGAUUAUCGGAGCCGGACCCAUCGUGAUUGGUCAAGCGUGUGAGUUCGAUUACUCGGGGACUCAAGCAUGCAAAGCUCUCAAGGAAGAAGGGUACGAAGUCAUUUUGAUAAACUCGAACCCGGCGACGAUCAUGACCGACCCGGAUAUGGCCGAUAGGACUUACAUUGCUCCGAUGACUCCCGAAUUCGUCGAACAGAUCAUCGAAAAGGAGCGCCCCGACGCUCUAUUGCCCACCAUGGGAGGCCAGACUGCGCUUAAUCUCGCGGUGGCGCUCGCCGAGAGCGGCGCGCUCGAUAAAUACGGCGUCGAAUUGAUCGGAGCGAAGCUCGAGGCGAUAAAGAAAGCCGAGGAUAGAGAUCUCUUCAAGCAGGCAAUGAAGAACAUCGGUAUCAAAACGCCGCCGUCUGGAAUUGGAACGACGCUUGAAGAGUGUAUCGAAAUCGCCGGUGAAAUUGGCGAGUUCCCUUUGAUUAUUCGGCCGGCGUUUACUCUGGGCGGCACCGGAGGCGGCAUUGCUUAUAACAAAGACGAAUUCGAGGCCAUAUGCAAGGCGGGGCUGGCGGCGAGUGUGACUACGCAGGUUUUGGUGGAGAAGUCUCUGUUGGGGUGGAAGGAAUAUGAGCUUGAGGUAAUGAGGGAUUUGGCUGACAACGUGGUUAUCAUUUGUUCCAUUGAGAAUAUUGAUCCUAUGGGGGUUCAUACCGGGGAUUCGAUCACGGUGGCCCCAGCUCAGACAUUGACUGAUAAGGAGUACCAGAGGCUUCGAGAUUAUUCGAUUGCUAUCAUAAGGGAAAUUGGAGUUGAGACUGGAGGUUCCAAUGUGCAGUUUGCUGUUAAUCCUGAGGAUGGUGAGGUGAUGGUGAUUGAGAUGAACCCAAGAGUGUCAAGGUCAUCGGCUCUGGCAUCAAAGGCCACCGGGUUUCCCAUAGCCAAAAUGGCCGCCAAGUUGUCAGUUGGUUAUUCAUUGGAUCAGAUUCCUAAUGACAUUACAAAGAAAACCCCGGCUAGUUUCGAGCCUUCAAUAGAUUAUGUGGUGACAAAGAUCCCCCGGUUUGCUUUUGAGAAGUUCCCUGGUUCUGAACCAAUACUGACAACUCAAAUGAAAUCUGUUGGUGAGUCAAUGGCAGUUGGCCGCACAUUCCAGGAGUCCUUCCAGAAAGCAGUUCGAUCACUGGAAUGUGGCUACUCCGGAUGGGGUUGUGCAAAGGUUAAGGAACUUGACUGGGACUGGGACCAGUUGAAAUAUAGUCUUCGGGUACCUAACCCAGAGCGUAUCCAUGCCAUAUAUGCUGCAAUGAAGAAGGGCAUGAAGGUAGAUGAUAUUCAUGAGCUGAGUUACAUUGAUAAAUGGUUCCUCACACAGCUUAAAGAGCUGGUAGAUGUGGAACAGUUCCUCCUGGCACAUAACUUGUCUAAUCUGACAAAGAACGACUUGUAUGAAGUGAAGAAAAGAGGUUUCAGUGAUAAGCAAAUAGCCUUUGCAACUAAAUCCACUGAGAAAGAAGUUCGGUUGAGGCGGCUCUCUUUAGGUGUGAUUCCAGCAUAUAAGCGGGUAGAUACUUGUGCAGCAGAGUUUGAGGCGAAUACUCCUUAUAUGUACUCCUCCUAUGAUUUUGAGUGUGAAUCAGCUCCCACCCAAGGAAAGAAGGUUUUAAUUUUAGGUGGAGGACCAAAUCGGAUAGGUCAGGGGAUUGAAUUUGACUAUUGCUGUUGCCAUACAUCUUUUGCCCUCCAGAAAGCAGGAUAUGAGACAAUCAUGAUGAAUUCAAAUCCUGAAACAGUGUCCACUGAUUAUGACACAAGUGAUCGUCUAUACUUUGAACCCCUGACAAUUGAAGAUGUUACAAAUAUUAUCGAUUUGGAACGACCUGUUGGUAUCAUUGUGCAGUUUGGAGGUCAAACACCACUGAAGUUGGCUCUCCCAAUCCAGCAGUAUUUAGAUGAGAACAAGCCUGUGUGUGCCAGUGGGGUUGGGCAUGUACGCAUUUGGGGUACAUCACCUGAUUCCAUAGAUGCAGCUGAAGACAGAGAGAGGUUUAAUGUAAUCCUGAAAGAGUUAAAUAUUGAACAGCCAAAAGGAGGAAUUGCCAAGAGUGAAUCUGAUGCCCUUGCCAUUGCCAAGGAAGUUGGGUAUCCAGUUGUUGUCCGGCCUUCCUAUGUAUUGGGUGGCCGUGCAAUGGAGAUUGUGUAUAGUGAUGACAGACUUGCGACAUACCUGGAAAAUGCUGUUGAGGUGGAUCCGGAACGUCCUGUAUUGGUUGACAAGUAUUUAUCUGAUGCCAUUGAGAUUGAUGUUGAUGCACUUGCUGACUUAAAUGGAAAUGUGGUCAUUGGUGGGAUCAUGGAGCACAUUGAACAGGCUGGGGUCCAUUCUGGAGACUCAGCUUGUAUGAUUCCAACACAAACUAUCCCAUCUUCUUGCUUAGACACAAUUAAGUCUUGGACUAUAAAGUUGGCGAAAAGGCUAAAGGUAUGUGGUCUCAUGAACUGUCAGUAUGCAAUAACAAUGUCUAGGGAGGUUUUCUUGCUUGAAGCAAAUCCUCGUGCUUCCCGUACUGUCCCAUUUGUGUCGAAGGCUAUUGGGCAUCCAUUGGCUAAAUAUGCUUCCCUCGUCAUGUCUGGGAAGUCCCUUCAUGAACUAGGUUUCACAGAAGAGGUAAUCCCUAAGUAUGUGUCAGUCAAGGAAGCUGUCCUUCCAUUUGAGAAGUUCCAGGGCUGUGAUGUGUUGCUGGGGCCUGAGAUGCGCAGCACCGGAGAGGUGAUGGGUAUUGAUCCUGUGUUUGCUGUAGCAUUUGCCAAGGCUCAAAUUGCAGCCGGGCAGAAGCUUCCACUUUCUGGCACUGUGUUCCUCAGCUUGAAUGACUUGACAAAGCCCCAUCUUGAAAAAAUUGCAAGGGCCUUUCUGGCACUGGAUUUUAGUAUUGUUUCAACUUCAGGGACCGCUCAUGUUCUUGAAUUAGCAAAGAUCCCAGUGGAGCGAGUGCUAAAGUUGCAUGAGGGGCGGCCACAUGCUGGUGAUAUGCUUGCUAAUGGGCAGAUCCAAUUGAUGGUGAUUACAAGCUCUGGUGAUGCGCUUGAUCAGAUUGAUGGAAUGAAGCUGAGGAGAAUGGGCCUUUCUUACAAGGUUCCUGUAAUAACAACUGUUCCUGGAGCUUUGGCAACUGCCGCGGCAAUAAGGAGCUUGAAGUCCAGUACUUGUAAGAUGAUUGCUCUUCAGGACUUAUCUGAUGUUGAGGUUAAAACAGGGGGUAUUAAAGAUUUGCAGUCAGUUUCUUCCUCUCUAUAGACUGACUAGGGAUUUCUCUGGUAAUUUAUUGUACUUUAUCCUCCUUUUAUUUGAUAGCUUUCUAAUAUGUGUCCAUCAUUGUUGCUUGGGACAGACUUUUUAUGUAGUCGAUCGUUUUCACCAAAAUUUGGGCUCUCAUCUUCCUUCCCCCCCCCUUCUCUCACUUUUCUGUGAUCUAGUUGUAAUUUUUGAGACUGUUAUGCAGGACAAUAAUUUGAUGUUGAGGUCUGAGAGGGGUAUGUUGAUGCAA